CUGUAUCAUCAUUGUAGCAACUAGCUCGCGUGCAGAUGCCACAACUAAAGACUUUCUCGAUUGAAUAAGAAGUUAACAGUCGCAAGCUUAUCUUCCUAAUGCGUAAGCAAGUUUACGUCAUAGAGAAUUAAGCUUAUUAACUUUUCUAAUCAAUUUGUUUACAAAUUAUAUAAUGAACAAUAACUAACAGCUCCUAUGCUGCAAGAACUGGUAACCAGUUCCAGUUCUUUUGAAAAGAACUGGUCGUAGUUCGCGUUCUUUUGAAAAGAACUGGUGACCAGUUCCCGUUCAAAAGAACGGAACUGGAACUAUCCCAUCCUUACUCCCUUUUGUAACUAUUUUGCAUAGUGUUUGUCUUUUUUAUUUUAUUGUGUCGAAAUAAAAGAAAUGUUUUGAUUUUCUAUGUUGUUCUGAAUAAAAGUUGUUUGUUUCCCUCUAUAAAUGUAAUAACAUUUUAAUAGAAGUCAGAAACAAAUCUAAUGUUUUAUGUAGAACACAACUUGCUUGGUGUAAGAUGAUCUUCUAGUUAUGUUUUUCAACUUCGAAAAUGUUAGAUACUGACUUUCAGGGCUAUCAUUACUCAUCCUUUUUACAACAACGAUUUGUUUACAAACAAUGAAAUAGCCGCCCUGCAAAAGAAAUACCAGAACGUCUUACAAGAGUUCAGUUUUUAAUUAAUACAGAAUAAAAGCAUCAUUCAGUUUUAAGAUAAAAAAAUGUGCGCUCUGAUACUUGCAAGAUAUGCUGCGCAGAGACUUACACCACCCCACAACGCAUGACUAUCUCUUUAGACUCCAUUGACAGCUUUAAAAAUUUUCACCUCUUUGAUUAAAUGUUCGACAAAUAUGCGUUUUUGUGAAAGAUGAUAGUUAAAUAAGUUUUUGAAUGACGCUGGGAACUGUCGCAUUUCGUUUCGACGGACUGGUGUUAAUAGACUGGCACCAUUGGCAAGUCCUUUGUCGCAAAGUAGCCUUGUGUGUGGUGGGAUUGGAGGUACGCCAUUAUGACGAAGCGUCACACUGUCGUGAACUCAGCCAAUGUAACACGAUUUAAAAAAGAUGAAUUUUCGAUUGGUUGAUACGAUGAUUAUAGUUCCUAAACAAUGAUUUUUGUUUUUUCCAGUAUAAUACAGCCGCUGAUGACGACCUAGACAGACAAACACGAAUGUAAGAACGGCAGAAAACCGCAAAUUGUUCUGCUUGCUGUUGUUGUACAGAAGCUUUUUUUUAAGCAAGGAUAUUCUGAUACAUCUUUUUCAUAUACGUGCCGUGCCACACGGCCCGUUAGAUGUAUUUUUUAGAAAAAAUGAAGUUACCGAGUCGUUGAAUUCUGUGUCUUAUUCCGUCAACAUAACCGACAUAUCGUCCAAGUACGGGAUUCCAUAAUAUUAAUUCGUUCCAUACUUAUGGCGUAAUUCGGCCAUACUAUCAUCGAAUUUAAUGCUUGUACUAAAACCGGUAGAAAGAAUAUUCUAAAUCUAGAUAUUUUCACUCUUGACACUCCAAACAUUAAACUUAAUAAAGGAUACGUGGAAUAAGUUCUAAGCCAAAUCAACAGGAGAAGCAGCACAUUUGCGUCGAUACGGUUUGUGUUAAUUCUUCUCUUCAAUAAAUUCAUUUUCCGUAAACUACAUUGGACAAAUGUUGGAUAAAUGUCUCGAAAUGCUUCGAGGGGUAUUCCAGUUAGAUCACAAAAUCUCCUUGGCGUAGGACCGAGUUCAGCGACAGAUCACUUAACGAUCGGCGUUCAUACUGAUCCAUUGGCAUCGUGAUAUAGUACAUCGUCAAUUGAGGUAGUUGUGGAACAAAAUUCAAAAAAUACUGAAGUUGAUUUAGUAUUAUGUUGAAGUGUUCAUGCUGAUCAGCUUCUAUUUGACGGACUAAUAGAGCCAAAACGUCCAGAAUAGCAGCGCGGAAUGUCAGUAUACGAAUACUAUGUUGAAUAACGACGAGGUUUUGUAUAUUAUUAGUUAAAUCCAUCUAGAGUCUCUUAGCAUAAAUAUCCGAAAUAUAGUUGAAAAAAACAGGUUAUGACAGUGUGAUACGUGUUGAAGAUUUCUUUUAGAGAAUAGUAAAGAUGAAUACUAGUACGGAAAGAAAGAAACGUAGUUAUUUGAAAACAUCGGCAUUAGAAAUCAAUUUGGUGACUGAUUUGUCUGAUCAAGGAACAGUAGCUCCCAAACAAAUCGGUGAAUCAAUUAUGAGAGGUGGACAUGGCAAUAUCUGAUUUCAUUAUUUAUCAUUAACAACACAAAGUGCUGCGAAACGUGUCAAUGGAAUAUUAACAGCAGCUGCACGAAGUGUUGGACGAACUCGUUUAAAUGAUGCAUUGACAUCUACACAACAACCAUACGAUACAGAAGAUUAUCUGACUUAUGCCGAUGAAAAUACUUAUUAUGUAUCAUCGGCUGCAGAAGAUAGAGAUAUGAAUGUUGAAACAUUACUUCAAUUAAUGAUACAAGAGCGAGAACAACAAAAACCGCGACAGCCACUUUCUCAAGUAUAUGCAACCAAAAAGAAUGAUGCGACGUAUUAUUCAAAAUUGUAUUCGAACACCAACACAAACGCCUAUUCGACUGCCAUCUCAAAUAACACAACAAAUUUACCGGUACAACAAUCAACAGUAGCAGUAGCAGUGUCACCAGAAGAACCACCUAACAGAGAAGAACGUUCAAAUAUUGAAGAUAAGUGGUUGAAUAUUCAAGACGAAUGUUUACUUAUUGAAAGUGAUCACUCAAAUAUUCAACAACGAACACAAGCAAAUACAAAUGAAGCACCGAUGCCACGUGAAGAUCCAUUGUCAUCAACAUCUGCCAUUGAUAACUUGAAAUCAAAAUCAAAUAACGAAGUUUCAACAAGAGGACAACAAGAGCAUAUUCAUCGUUAG